GUUCCAAACAUAUAUUUACACUAAGUUCGCUUGUCUAAAUAUAUAUUUGGUUGAUAAUUAAAUUUAAAGAGGAGCAGCUUAUUCAUUGGCGACGAUCGACAUUUAAAUCAUUCGAUCUUUUGAAACGUCGAUCAUAGAAUUCUCGUAGUUGGUCACAAGAGGGCGCAGAUAGAAACUUCGUGGCAGUGUUCCGCCAUUAGUAUUAGAGUGAGAAUGUUCUCUGGUUGUUUGUCGAGGUCUAUUUUCAAAAUUUAGCAAUGAAACGAAAUAGUACUUCUAAUUGGGAUUAUACAAAAAUAAAGUUAUUAAUCAAGUUAGUGAGGAAGAGGCCUAUAAUUUACGACUCCAACAAUCCACAAUUCAAUGAUUCCGCAGAGAAAAAGCUCGCAUGGAAAGAAAUUGGAUUUGAGUUGAGAGACAAUGUUACAGACUGUCAAAAGAAUUGGAGAAAGUUAGUACAAACUUUUCGUAAAGUACGUAAUGGUCGACAAAUCACGCAGGAUGAUAAACUUACCAAAUGGAAAUUUGGGGGUUUUAUGCAUUUCAUGAAAAAAUAUUUAACAGAUAAAAAUCAGACACCUGUGAAAGAUCAAAAAGCAAUUAAGGAAGAAGUCCCAGACGAUGACGUCAAAUGUAUUGCAGAAAUUAGUAGCGAUCAAAGUGUAGUACAACCAGAAGCGACAGAAAUUAUAGGGAAUGGGACUCCUCCCGUUCAGAAGGUGAUACCCGAGCAAGAAAGGAUAAUGCCUAUAGAAAGUGCACAUAUGCACACUGUUUUGCAGAAUAGUUCGAACUUGUUAACGCAAAGUAGAAGCGAAGAAAAUGUUACUUCUCAUCCUGUCGAUGCCUUUUUCGCAUUAAUGGCACAAAGCGUCAAAACCUUUAACUCUUUAGACCAGCAUUUUGUAAAGACCAAUAUUUUUUCAUUAGUAAGCGAAUUAGAAGGGAGAUACAUAUUGCAGAAUCAACAGAUAUCUGUUCUUAAAAAUAUUUCCUAGAGUGCAUUUCUUUGAGACUAAUUAUAUUAUAGAUUUCUGUUUUAAUGAUACGUCUGCAACAAUAUUUGGAACCAUCGUUGCUACUUUUAUAAUAAUUGAUUUAGGUUCUGUAAGUAAUGACUGAGGGUAGUGCUACUCCCCUGCGUCCUGAGUAACUUUAAUGUAUAAUAUUUCCAAUUAGAUAUAAGGUACAUUUUUUUUACAAAAUAUUUCAAUCAGGUUGCAUAAAGUAAUUUUAUAAAAGAAUUUCGUGUAAGUAAAACUGUUUGUAAUCAUGGUAUAACUUCCAUAUGAUCUUACGUAAUACAUUCUUAAUGUCUUAAUAGUAUUGCUUUUCAUAAUGUAAUUGUUUUUUGUAUAUGACAAUCAUUGGAUUAUACUAAAAAGAAAAGAAUGCAAAUACUAAUAAACAGAUUUCAAAUACAUGAAAUCUUGGUGUAAUUCGGCAUUGUGCUUUAAAAUGUGUUAUAAAGACAAAUUUGGAAGAAAUCACUGGGUCGUUACAGGAAAGCCCGUUUCCAAUAUAAAAAAUGUUAUUUAUGUGUUUCAUUUUAGAGCCCAUCUAAACCCGGAUGAAAAAUGUGCAGUGUAAUUUUUUGAAACAUGUAAUCCUAUUUUACAAGUGCAUCGUUUCACCUGCGAGGAAAACAGGGCCAUACGAAGUUAUAUUGUUCAGUUGCAUUCAGUUUUCUCUGUAGCAUUUUUUUUUCUUUAUUUUCAAUA